GCGGGCCGUGCUGGAGCUUUAGCCGCGCUCGCUUCAGCACCUCCCGCUGUCCGCGGCUGCUGGCGCGCCUUCUCCUACUACAGGUGCUGCCUAAUCUGAUGUCAAGUUUCCAAUUGCCUUGACUAAAGUAGAAGCAAUUUUAUGGCUUGGAUGACUUACAUUUCAAAUUGGUUUGAGCAAGAUGAUUGGUAUGAAGGACUACAAAGAGUGAACAUGUCCCAGGUAAGACAAGUGGGGCUGUUGCCUGCUGGAUGCCAGCCAUGGAACAAGGAUGUGUGUGCUGCCAGUGGAGACAGGUUCGCCUACUGUGCUACGUUGGCCAUUUAUAUUUACCAGUUGGACCAUCGUUAUAAUGAAUUCAAACUUCAUGCAAUUAUGUCUGAACAUAAAAAAACAAUCACAGCUCUUUCUUGGUGCCCUCAUAACCCUGAUCUGUUUGCAAGUGGCAGUACCGAUAACUUAGUGAUCAUUUGGAAUGUUGCAGAACAAAAGGUCAUUGCUAAACUGGACAACACAAAAGGGAUGCCUGCCUUUCUUAGCUGGUGCUGGAAUGCAGACGAUGCUGUAGCAUUUGUCUCCCACAGAGGUCCCCUGUUCAUUUGGACCAUCUCAGGCCCAGAUAGUGGAGUGACAGUCCACAAGGAUGCACAUAGCUUCUUGUCUGAUAUUUCUACAUUCAGGUGGCAUCCUCAAAAGAAGGGAAAAGUUGUUUUUGGGCAUAUGGAUGGAAGUCUAUCCAUUUUGCAACCAGGUAAUAAAAGCCAGAAACACGUUCUGAGACCUGAAUCCCUUGAAGGGACAGACGAAGAGGAUCCAAUUACAGCCUUGGAAUGGGACCCAUUAUCCACUGACUAUCUUCUUGUAGCUAAUUUGCACUAUGGAAUUCGCCUAGUAGAUUCUGAGUCACUUUACUGCAUAACAACCUUUAAUUUCCCCAGUGCCGCAGCUUCUGUACAAUGUUUGGCCUGGGUUCAUAGUGCUCCUGGGAUGUUUGUAACUGGAGAUUCUCAAGUCGGUGUUUUACGCGUUUGGAAUGUUUCAAGAUCAACACCUAUUGACAAUUUUAAAUUAAAGAAAACAGGAUUUCACUGCUUGCAUGUACUCAAUUCUCCCCCAAGGAAAAAAUUUUCUAUCCAGUCUCCAACCAAAAAUCAUUAUACAUCUUCAACCAGUGAAGCAGUCCCUCCCCCGGCAUUGACACAGAAUCAGUCCUUUUCUCUUCCUCCUGGCCAUGUGGUUUGCUGUUUCUUGGACGGUGGAGUUGGACUGUAUGACUUAGGAGCCAAGAAGUGGGAUUUUCUUAGGGACUUGGGACACGUAGAAACAAUCUUUGACUGCAAAUUCAAACCUGAUGAUCCCAAUAUUUUAGCAACUGCUUCAUUUGAUGGCACCAUUAAAGUUUGGAAUAUAAACACAUUAAUGGCUGUAUAUACAUCCCCGGGUAAUGAGGGAGUUAUUUAUUCUAUUUCAUGGGCACCAGGUGAUUUAAAUUGCAUUGCUGGCGCAACAUCCCGAAAUGGUGCUUUCAUUUGGGAUAUUAAAAAGGGCAAAAUGGUACAACGAUUCAAUGAGCAUGGCAAAAAUGGAAUAUUUUGUAUUGCCUGGAGCCAUAAAGAUUCCAAGAGAAUAGCAACUUGCAGCAGUGAUGGUUUCUGUAUUAUUCGAACAAUUGAUGGUAAAGUGCUACACAAAUACAAACAUCCAGCAGCAGUUUUUGGCUGUGAUUGGAGCCAAAACAACAAAGACAUGAUAGCAACUGGCUGUGAAGACAAAAAUGUUCGUGUGUAUUACGCAGCAACCAGCUCCGAUCAACCCCUGAAAGUGUUUAGUGGACACACAGCAAAAGUCUUCCAUGUCCGCUGGUCUCCUCUGAGGGAAGGUAUUCUCUGCAGUGGCUCUGAUGAUGGUUCUGUUCAAAUCUGGGAUUAUACUCAGGAUACCUGCAUAAAUAUUCUUAGUGGACAUACUGCACCAGUUAGGGGAUUAAUGUGGAAUACCGAGAUUCCAUAUCUGCUCAUAUCUGGCAGCUGGGACUAUACUAUUAAAGUAUGGGACACUCGAGACGGAACCUGUUUGGAUACUGUGUAUGAUCAUGGUGCAGAUGUAUACGGAUUAACGUGUCAUCCCAGCUGCCCCUUCACUAUGGCUUCUUGCUCCCGUGAUUCCACAGUGAGACUCUGGUCCUUAACUCCUUUAAUCACACCUUUAUAUAUCAAUAUUCUGGCUGACAGAUCCUGGGAAGAAAUUUUUGGGAACACAGAUUCUGCUAUUGAACAAGGAACACCUCCUCUGUUGUGUGGUAAAGUGUCAAGAGAUAUUAAACAAGAAAUAGAGAAGUUAACAGGAAAUCCUCGAGGGAAGAAACUGAGGUGUUUUUCCCAAUGUUUAUCACCUCCAGGCGUCAGUGGAAAUUUGUGGAAUUUAGUUGCUGUGAUAAAAGGGCAAGAUGACAGUUUACUUCCUCAUAAUUAUUGUAAAGGAAUAAUGCAUUUGAAACAUCUAAUUAAAUUUAGAACUUCUGAAGCCCAAGAGCUUACAACAGUCAAAAUGUCUAAAUUUGGUGGCGGCAUUGGUGCACCAACAAAGGAGGAAAGACUGAAGGAAGCUGCUGAAAUACACUUGAGAUUAGGACAAAUUCAGAGAUAUUGUGAGCUUAUGAUCGAACUUGGAGAGUGGGACAAAGCCUUGUCAAUUGCCCCUGGUGUCUCUGUGAAAUACUGGAAGAAAUUAAUGCAGAGGAGAGCUGAUCAGUUAAUUCAGGAAGAUAAGGAUGAUGUCAUUCCUUACUGCAUAGCUGUUGGGGAUGUGAAAAAACUAGUCAAUUUUUUUAUGUCAAGAGGUCAACUUAAAGAAGCAUUGCUUGUUGCUCAGGCUGCUUGUGAGGGAAAUAUGCAAAACUUACAUGUUUCUACACCUAUCAGGUCUUCAUGUUCUGAUGAUACCUACAGGAAGAUUUAAUGAGUAAGAAACUUUUCUUUACUCCUGCAUCAAGUCAGUACAGAGCUGGCAGAAUGGUAUUUCCAGGAUGGCCGAGCAGUGCUGGCUGCAUGUUGCCAACUUGCUGUAGAGAAUAUUGAGCUUGCCAUGGCAUACCUGAUUCGUGGAAAUGAACUGGAAUUGGCGGUCUGUGUGGGCACUGUGCUGGGAGAUUCUGCAGCAGCAGCAACCCACUAUGCCCUAGAAUUAUUGGCAAGAAAAUGCAUGAUGAUUCCAACAAGGAACUUGGCAGCUGAUCUUCUUCUGAUGACUCCUGAUAAUGAACUGCAGUUAGUAAAACUCUGUGCUUUCUAUCCAGGGUGUACAGAAGAAAUAAAUGAUCUGCACAAGAAGUGCAAGCUCCCCCCAGUAGAAGAGUGCAUGGAGUUAGCUGAGCUAGCUCAUGCAGAUGGCAAUAUAUUGGAAACUGUGAAGUAUUACUUAUUAAGUCAAGAACCAGAAAAAGCUCUUCCAAUUGGUAUCGACUUCAUAAAAGAACACAUGAAUAGAUCAAGUUGGACUUUGGAUACCAUAUACCCUGUCCUUGACCUCCUGAGUUAUAUCCGUACUGAAAAAUUAGUCUUACAUACCUGUACUGUAGCUCGAAAUGAAUUGCUCAUUUUAUGUGGCUAUAUUGGUGCAUUAUUGGCUAUCAGAAGACAGUACCGAAGCAUUGUUCCAGCACUCUAUGAAUACACGAGUCAGUUAUUAAAACGUCGGGAGGUGUCAGUUCCAUUAAAGAUUGAGCAUCUUUCUGAGGAAUUGGAAGCGUGGAGAGCAUGUACGAAGUGCCCCAGCUGGUUAUCAGAAGAGUUUCCAGCGACACCCCCUUCUAAUUCACAAAGAAUGGUGUAUGCCACGUUAUUAAAGAAGCUGCAAGCAGAACUGUUUCAGGGAAUUGUUGGGCCAGACUACGUCACUGGGUCAAAUCUUCCGAGCCAUUCCGAUAAUCACAUCUCUUGUCUUACAGGAUUAAAAAUUCAGGGCCCUGUAUUUUUCCUUGAAGAUGGAAAGUCUGUGAUCUCACUGAAUGAUGCUUUGAUGUGGGCAAAAGUGAACCCGUUCUCACCUUUAGGGACUGGAAUACGGCUCAAUCCCUUUUGACAGAGAGGGUUUUUUUUAUGCUUAA